GAGAUGCUGGUCAAAUUCAACCUGGACGGGCACGGCAACGUUAGUACAGUCGACGAGAACUCGAGGAAGCAGACGACAGUCGUCUCCAUCAGCUCGCAGCAUAUGCGCAAGCUCUACAAGCGCUUUCCUGAGAUCCUACUUAUCGAUUGUACACACAAAACGAACCGG